GCGGACCCGGACCCGGGACUCCCACUCACUCACCUGGGGCCGCUGCUGGCGGGACGCGACGCUCCGAGGACCGGGACCGGGAGCGGCUGGGACAGGAGGCCGGACCCCGGGUUUCACGGCUGCCAGUCGGUGGGAACCAUGAGGGAACCGGGGAGAGACGCCCACGCUGACCAGAGCGUGGUCAUCCUGCACGCCAAGGUGGCUCAGAAGUCCUACGGCAACGAGAAAAGGUUCUUCUGCCCUCCGCCCUGCGUUUACAUCCGUGGUCGUGGAUGGAAGGUCAUGCAGGAUCAUCUGAAAGCCGCUGGUUACGGAGACUCUGUGUAUCGCAUGUGUGGCUACAUGUGUCUGGACAACUCCAGCCAGUCUCAGGCCGACACUUUCAAACUGGUCUUCGAUGAGCAGCCAGACUCCACGCAGAUGUUUGCCUGCGCCAAGUCGCUGUUCAUCUCUGAUCAGGACAAGAGGAAACACUUCCGCCUCCUGCUGCGACUCUUCCUGGGCAACAGACAGGAAGUGGGUUCUUUCCAGAGCAGACUGAUCAAAGUGAUCUCCAAACCUUCACAGAAGAGACAGUCCAUGAAGAACGUCGACCUGUGUAUCUCCUCGUGCUCCAGAGUUGCUUUGUUCAACCGCCUGCGCUCCCAGACGGUCAGCACUCGGUACCUCUCAGUGGACAGAGGAGCUUUUGUAGCCAGCGCCAGACAGUGGACGGCCUUCACCAUCACCAUGGUGGAGGACCAAAGUGCUGACCAAGGGGACUUUGUGCUGAGCGAAGGCUUCAUCUGUUACGGCGCUGUGAUCCAGUUAGUGUGCACGGAGUCUGGAGUCGCACUGCCACCGAUGGUGAUUCGUAAGGUCAACAAGCAGCAGGCCAUCCUGGACGUGGACGAGCCGGUUUCUCAGCUUCACAAGUGCUGCUUCCAGUUCAGAGAUGAUCCUCAAGCCUUCCUGUGUCUCUCCAACGACAGCAUCAUCCAGCACCUGGCCCCCUCCAGCCCCAGAGACCCCAGCAGAGUGGUGCUGAACGACGGAUCCUGUUGGACCAUCAUCGGAGUGGAGAUGGUGGAAUUCACCUUCAACGAGGGUCUGGCCUGUGUCCAGACGCCAGUCAGUCCCUUUCCUGUUAUCAUAGGGCUGGAGGUGAACGGAGGAGGACACGUGGCCAUGCUGGAACUCCUCGGGGAAAACUUCAGUCCUCAUCUCAAAGUCUGGUUUGGAAACAGUGAAGCUGAAACAAUGUUCAAGUCGCCCAAGUCUCUGCUGUGCGUCGUCCCUGACGUCUCUGUCUUCAGCGACGGGUGGCGCUCUCUGCGGCGCGUCCUCACCGUCCCGCUGGCCCUCAUCCGAUUGGACGGCCUGAUUUAUCGCACCUCUUUCAGUUUCACCUACACCCCCGAGCUCCAGCCACCCUCGUCUGUCCGAGGAGGAGGUGGAGGAGGAGGUGGAGGAGGAGGAGGAGGGAGGAGAGACGGAGGCAGUGACGAGGGACAGGAGGACGACGUCCUGCUGGAGACGAUCCACCAGGAGUUCACCAGAGCCAACUUCCACCUCUUCAUGCAGAGCUGACAGCAGGAACCUGAAGACUUUCAUCUCAGAUCAAAGAACCCGAGCAAAGUUUCACUCAACUUCCUCUUUGUCCCGUUCCAGUUUCAAUCUGAGUAUUUAUCAGAAUCUGUGAGAAUCAUCUGA